AUGCCGCCACAAAUACCCAGUGACAACAAUGGCUAUUACGAUAACUAUAACAGCAACCAAACCAACCAAAACAACCAAAACAACUUAAAUAAUUCUACUGCCCAAAUCCCAUCGCCAUUAUCACUAGCUAAUAUCCGAUAUCAUUUGCAAGAUAAGUUUCAUCAUUUCAAGUCAUGGUACCUAUCGCAAACCCCGCUUUUCAAAAUUGGUUUCAUCAUUGGUCUCCUUAUACUAGGUGUCCUAGGCAUUUUCUUCCUCAUCUAUCAUAGUUAUUUCACAGAUCUUCUUGUCUCCGUAUCGGAUUCAUGGCAUGAUUUACCUUAUGGCUCACUACUCAUAUUCAUUCUCGUAUUUAUGGUGAGUUUCCCGCCACUAAUAGGAUUCACUGCAUUGAGUCUACUUACUGGUAUGAUCUAUGGGUUCCCUCAAGGGUGGCCACUCUUGGCACUAGCCUCUGUUUCCGGCUCAACUGCAUCCUUUAUCAUUUUUAGAUACUUGCUUCACAAUCAGGCGAUGCGUUUGAUAAACCAUUACGAAAUGUUUCGUGCAUUUGCUGAGAUUUUAAGUGACGACAACUCCCUUGUAUUGCUUAUACUCAUCAGAUUGUGUCCUACACCUUACUCACUAUCCAAUGGUGCACUACUGGGAAUACCAGAACUACCUUUACUCACAUAUUUCCUUGCUACCUUGAUUACAUCGCCAAAAUUACUUAUACACCUAUACAUUGGAAGCAAGAUUAAGGAAUUGGGACAGGGCGAAAGCUCAAAUAUGACCAAAAUAGUCGACGUCAUUAGUAUUAUAAUCACAGGAACAGCAGCUACAUUAGCUACAUAUUUGAUAUACGCCAAGAUGCAAGCCAAAUUGAAGGAGUUCCACCAGCGUGGUGUAGUUGCAGACGAUGUCUUGGUUUUCGGCAAUUUUGAAGACGAUUUCGGGUUGGAGAUGGCAAGUCAGAAUAACGUAGAGUUGAACUCGGCAGACUUUGAUACAGACAAUUUCAUUAUUGAGGAUGAAGAUGACAAUGAGAUGAAUGGAAAUAGCGACGAAGAGAACAGAAGAAGGAGCAGGAGCACAAGUGGAAGCAACAAUGGAAGCAACAACGGAAGCAACAACGUUAGUGCCAACGGUAGUGGGAAAACUAGUAGGAGUGGCAGCGUAGGCUUGCUGCAAGAGCGAGACCUACUUUCGGAAGAUACCCUUGGAAAGAGAUAG